AUGGACACACCCUCAAAUCACGACAUCUGGAAGCCUCUGCUGCUUCUUGUCGUGGGCUGGCUUCUGUCAGCGGCGCAUCUGCUCGCAUUCCUUUGGGAAUUGUGGCCGCGGAGUGCUUGGGCUCCUGUCGUUUACUCAUUGAAUGUCGUGCUGUUCAUCCUGGUCUCCUUUCUUUGUGCGGUUCCGACUAUACCAAAGUCCAAGAAGCCCUUUAUGCAGGCAUUGUGGCACAUUGGUCUUGUUGGGGCGGUUCCUGCCGUAACAGCCUUCGUCCUGCUAAGCUACCUCCACUCCCUGUCUGCUGCCUUCGUGGACUACUUGGAGAGUGUGGCCUUGUGUCUUUCGGCCAUGGUGCUGCUUGCGCUUUGGGUGGGGGCCGCGGAUUCGGUCGGAAGCCUUGGCCUGCAGCCGCUCAAGGAGGCUGGUUGGCAAACCUGGACACCUCCGGCAUUUUUGCUGACCACCAUCAUAUGCCUCCUCAUCGUGUACAACCUCACACACAUCAUCGGCACGGUUGAGCAGUCCGUCGAGCAAGUUCUCCCACCAAGCCUCCAGGUCACGUAUUGGGUGUUGGUGGCACUUUGGGUGACGUCCUUUGUGCGUGUGCUAGUGACAAGGCCCGGCCAACCUGGUGAUGCUGCGGAGGAAUACCGAUCAAACUCUCGGAAUCUCCUUUUCUGCACAGCCUGCAAAGCGCGGAAGCCCCAUCGUUGCCGCCACUGCACUAAAUGUUCGACCUGCGUGUUGAGAAUGGACCAUCACUGUCCAUGGCUUCGGCAGUGCAUAGGAUUCGGCAACUACAAGUUCUUCCUCACUUUCAUUGUCUACUCUGCAGUCGCGCUGGUGUUUAAAGCUGUGACCAUGCUUUUGUUCAUGGUCAAGGCCUUCCAGAUCGACGUCUCAUUUUGCACCCGGCUGUGGUUACUUUCAGCUGAAAUUCUGAUCAUCGCUCUGGGAGGAACCAUGUUGGCCUUUUCAGGAUUUCACCUUUUCUUGGUGGCACAAGGAAUGACAACGAUCGAGUACCUGACCAGGAACGAGAAGAGUGACAAGAAGCUCGUUUUCGAUCAAGGACUGGUAGGAAAUGUCCAGGCUGCACUUGGUUCGAAUCCGCUGUGUUGGUUUCUUCCAGCCUGUCCGCCAAGCGGAGAUGGCUGCACAUUCCCUUAUUCCGAGUUGCGCCAAGAGGAUGCAAAGCUGUCCCAGGCAAUGAAGCGAGACCUGGCGAUGUCUGGCACAGAGGACCUGCAUCAUAGCCUACAGGCCUCGAAAGUUACCGACCCAGUCGCAAGCAACCGGGUGUCGCAGCCGUGCAUAGAGAGCACGGCCGAACCCACGUGCAUCGAGCAGCAGCAGGUUGAGUCUUUGGAGGCCAGUACUCGCACGGUGCAAAGCACGCAUGAUCAGCAGUACAAACUUCUACUGCAAGGACUGCAGCGCAAGGUGGAGGAAGCCAAGAACUCUUGGCACGAGCAACAGCUUCGAAUGCAGGUGUCUGCUCAAGAGGAGUAUGAGCUGCACAAGAAGAUAGUUGCAAGCGACGAGCAGACCAAGUCAUUCAAAGAUGCUUUGGAGAAAUUGUGGCAACAGAUGGAGGGCGUUCAGCAAGUGGUGGUUCAAACUCAGUCUAUUCUGGAGGCUCGCUCUCAGGGCAACUGGUCUGUCGAGGAUCCAUCGGAAGAGCCGGCUGCAGCCUUCGCGCGCCAGCACAUGGAGACUGAAAUGCAAAGGCACAUCGAGGUUCGGGAGCAGAUCAAGUUGUGCAAUGCUCAGCUGCGGGAAGCAGACAAUGCGAUGGCAGAACAGCACGCUUAUGCAUCUCGCCUGGAGCAGUUCAUCCAGAAGAUCUCAGGAGGAGGAGGUCGGUAUGUUUUGCCAACAGCUUUAAAGCGUGAAGCGCAACGGCAUCUGAAGAUGGCAUCGGUCUUGCGAGCAAGCGCCGCCCGCGACAUGCUGGACAGGCAGCGGUGA